UUAGUUGCCACCGGUCAACCUGGAGGACGAAGACGAGGAGCUGGUGGAUCCAUUCGGGCCAGAGCCUGAAUCGAUCCUGUUCUCGCCUUUGGGGCCAAACAACGUGGUCUCUGUGGCCAUGGACGGUGGAUCGGAACCUGAGAUGAACACAUAUAUUGAUAAUGGGCGGCUGCAUACUGGAGCGACGAGUCGCAUCUCGUUUCAACGAACCCCAUGGCCGAGCGCCACAACGCCAUUACGCUGCUUGGAUAAGCGAGGCGACGGGUCAAACCAGCAUCAGGCCGGUCAGCCAGCGCCGAAGACUGCCCGGCUGGCUCUGAAAGCAACAGCCGCACUCAACUGGCUUGGCUCGAUGAAGGAAACGAUAGCCAAACGCGCAAGCCACGCAUCAACCGCAGAGGACUCUGGCCACGAGAAGAGCCCGGGCCACGUACAAGCGACGCCGACACCAAUAUGCAGGGGCAAUAACCAUCCCUCGAGGCUAUCAUCGGCCACUCCCCUGCAUUUAUCUUCUCGCACCCGAUCGCAGGACGACAAUACAUCAGAUAACCGGGCAUACCCAUCCAUAAGCGUACAUCAUGGAUUGACGGCGAGGGACUCGAGCAGCAUCUCCGAUGCAGCUGCAGAGAAGCAGAAGAGGGGCGUGGGCCGGUUGAGAACUACCCGAGCGUUCGGUGACGUCUUCGACGCCGCAGCGGGGAAGAUAAUGGGCGAGGAAGAUGAAGCAGAAAGGGACGCCUUGGACCAACUUCUGGUCGCGGUGGGCGAUGCUUAUCAAUAUCAGAGGUGAAAGAAUGAUCCUUGGCCUAUCGCGAAGUGAGAGAAGGACCGGCGCGAGAAUGAGGUGUACGGGAAAGAUCUCAGAAGGUAUUGCAACUUGUGCUUAUGCAAAGAAGUUGGUCAGAUUAUUUUCUUUCACACUUUGUCAUGUAGUGAAUCGUGGAUCCUCGCCUUUUAAAGAUGGACGUUCAAUUCGCCGUGUGUUCUCGGAAGGCGCAUCUCGAGUCUCGUAGGCCUUCAGACGGGGCCUUUGUUAUUGGUGAAAGCAGUGCUGCCAACGAUGUGCGAAAGCGGGAUCCAAAAUGAUAGC